UGCAAAGCCAGCCCAACUCUCCCAGUGCUGCAGAAGAUAGGCCGUGUGGAAGGGCUCCGGCUGUAGAAUCCUCUCCGGUCCAAUCUCUGUAGAAGGGACAUUAACGAGCAUCUGCCUGGGGAUCGCGUCGCCUCGACACACCGCCCUUCCUUGCGGUCAGGAGGCCCCGUUAAGCGCACCUCGUCGGCUGAAUGGGCUCCCCAAACUCCUCCGGACCGCUCAGUCCAGCCCUGGUCGGAUUGGCCGGCUGGUGGGGCGGCGCGUGGCGGAGGGGCCGGGCUGCCUCUGAUUGGCCGCCCCCUCCCCGAGCCUCCCCGCUUUCUCCAGCUGGCGUUCGGUUCGCAGUCCGGCUCCGGGCAUCUCUGGCGCGGCCGCCCUGGUGAUUCCAAGUCUGCUUUUUGCGCUCGGGCGCGCAGCCGCCGACCCACGUGGCCCUCCUCGGGGAAGUCAAGCGGGUCUCUCCCCCGAUGUCCGCCUGCCACACACUUGGGGGCGCGGCUGCCAUGGAUUUUCCUGAAGUCCUGAAGUCUCUGCUGGAGUACUCGUUCCCUUGGACGGCCAAUCCGAAAGAUAAAGAGAAAAAGGAAAAACUUGAGGAAGAUGAAGCAGCGGCUGCUAGUACAAUGGCUGUCUCAGCCUCCCUCAUGCCUCCGAUCUGGGACAAAACUAUUCCUUAUGAUGGGGAGUCUUUCCAUCUGGAGUAUAUGGAUUUGGAUGAGUUCCUGUUAGAGAAUGGGAUUCCCUCUAGUCCGAAUCACCUGGACCUGAAUCAGAACCCACUCUUGCCUGUGGCUGAACUGGAAGGAAAAGAAGCUGCCAGUGCUUCUGCUGCAUCCCCAGCCUCACCAUCUUCCACAGUGGUUUUCCAGCCAUCAGAAACUACCACAAGUGAAGAAUCCUCACCUGAUACUGAGAGAUUGACUCCCAGUCCCAUUGAUCCAGAGUGUGUUGAGGUUGAUGUGAAUUUCAACCCUGAUCCUGCUGAUUUAGUGCUCUCUAGUGUACCUGGAGGUGAGCUCUUCAACCCUAGGAAGCACAAAUUUGCUGAAGAGGACCUGAAACCACAGCCCAUGAUUAAAAAAGCCAAGAAAGUCUUUGUCCCUGAAGAUCAAAAGGAUGAAAAAUAUUGGUCAAGGCGGAAGAAGAAUAAUGUAGCAGCCAAGCGAUCACGUGAUGCUCGACGACUGAAAGAGAACCAGAUCACAAUCCGAGCUGCGUUUCUGGAGAAAGAGAAUACAGCACUGAGGACAGAGGUGGCAGAGCUACGGAAGGAAGUGGGAAAAUGCAAGAACAUUGUCUCUAAAUAUGAGAGCAGAUAUGGAUCAUUUGACAUAUCCGAUUCCGAGUGAUGCAACUUUAAAGACUUUUAAAAUCACAAAGAAACUAAAACUACACAUGAAACCACCUGUCGUCAGAGUGAACAGUGACAGAUGUGAGGUAUUCUACACAAACAGCUGGUGAUGACCCUGCUUCCCUGCAAGUACCUCAUCUGAACUACCUAAGGGCUGAGCAUGAUGAAAAGGCCAAGGUCUCUAAUGCUACACUUCUUUUUGUACUGCUGUUUUUCCUUGUAACCAGAACCUGCAGUACAGUCAAUUAACUCUUUUCCAUUUCACUUGGUGCUCAUGUCCUUGAGUUCAGUUUGAUAACUUGAGUGAGUGGUGGUUUGGGGAGGGUGAUUGGAGAAAGUGGCGUCUUAAUUGAAAAAAGGCUUAAAACUAUAAUUCAUCAACAAGUGUAUGUGUUCUCAACUCUGUGCUUUAGAAUGAAUGUUAAUAUUGCAGCUAGACUCUGUUAAGCUGUUGUAUCUUGUUCUUUUGGAGGAGAAACAGCAAAUGUAUAAAAUAGACUAGGAAAUAUGAUUUAGUAUAAUAAAUUACAGCCCACCCAUAUAUUUAUUGAAAUAAGGGGAAAUAAAAAUCAUCCCAAAAUACUUUGUAUCUUAACAUUAACAAGUAAAAUGCACCUUAGUUUCUCAGUUGAUAAAAACUUUCAUUAGUUUUCUGAAGUUUACCUCUUACAGUACUGUACUAAGAAAAUUGUGAUAGUAAGAAGAUAACUUUUUCACAGUUUACUCUUCAGCAUAAUCUAAACACAUUUUGAUUUUCAUAAAUUGCAAAAGAAAAACUCCAGUUUUAUCCCUCCUGCUAUUAUAUACCUUUAGGAGAAGGGGAGGCCUGAGUACCCUUUGGGGUUUUUUAUCUUAUUGAAACAGAUUGCAUCAAGUCUUGUCAAAAUGAGGGAGGCUUCUUUGGAUUGCUUCAACUACAUAAAUAGGUAAUGCUGAUUUCCACCUCUAUCUGGCUGUGAACAGUAUUAAUGGACCAAUGUUAGCAACUUUUAUGAUCCCCCCUUCCCUUUAAAGCAUAUUUUGAAUUUAACUGCACGCCCAACAGCAUGAUAAAACAUUGGAGUGAUCAACCAUUGCAUAGGAUACAGUGUAAUCCUGUCUAUAAGAUAGCAAAAAUUAGAGUAGCCUGACAAGAGCAAAGUAGGCUAUGCAAAAAGAUGUCCUUUAUAGUGUGUCUUAUCAGUCCCAUAGAACAGAGGUCCCCAACAUGCUGCCCAUGGGCACAGCUGUGCCCGCCAACACUUUUUCAGUGCCCGCCAAGUAUUUUAGAAAGCAGGUGGAGCCAGGUGAGGCUUUUGCAAGGCAUAGCUUCUGAUUGGCCAUUGAAGGAUUGAUUGGCUGUGCAGAUUUUUAAAAACAUUGCUGUGGCAGAAACUGCUUCCACAGCACAAGUCACACAGCAUUGUGUGACUGAAGAUAAGCUGUAGCAGCCAUUUUGUGGCUAGCUUCACCUCCUGCAGCAGCCAUUUUGUGGCAGCCAUAUUUUCUGACACAGUGCCCACCAUACUGUGUCAGAAUUCCAAAUGGGCCCGCAGGCUUAAAAAGGUUGGGGAUCGCUGCUGUAGAAGUUACACCCAAAGCAUGAUCUAUAUGAAAUUUUAUAGUGUAUCAAAAUAUUUGAAAUAUUUCUAGUAAAAUAUUCAUGGCCAUAGUUUUAUUCACUAUAAUAAAACUAGCAGAAAAGGGGGUAAAGAAUUUGGAUAUAUUUAUUAAUAUAAUUAUAUUGGAAGAGUGGACAUAUAUGCUUUUUCAGAUAUUUAGGCAGAUGGUUCCCAACAUUAUAGGAGCCUGCAAAUGUUGGAGACAAGGGGCUUAAAGAGAUGUUGAAUUCAGAACAGGAGUUGAAAGUGGCAGACAGGUCUCAACAAAGCUACGCUAAUUGAUCAUAUUUUAUAUAACCAUGAUCUAGCAUGCUUCAUUCAGUGUUUAAUCCCCAACAAAAUCUUAAGAAAUCAUAAAUUACCUGUUCUACUCCAGUGCAGAUUUUAAUUGUUUCUGAUUUGUAAGAAAAUAGGUAUAUUAUAUAAAAUAUUUUUUACUCAGGACUGUUAAUAAGAGUCUUUAAUAUAUGAAAUAAUUAGAUGAGGAUUAAAUGUACCAGAAAAGAAUCUGACAGACCAUAAUGUUACUGCUAAUCCAUAUAUAAAUUCUCUAUUGUGUUCAGACCUACAUUUUCAGAACCUGAUUGUUCCUACUUUGUGUAUGUAAAUUUCAGUGAUGCCUAAUCACUUAAUGUUCUCCUGCCACACUUUUUGAGAAGAUAGUAUGAAUGAUCAGCAACGUAAUAAAACUGCCUUUCAUUGAUUUUGAUGGUAUCCCAUGUUAUCAAAAAUAAUGGAAUGUUUUAGCUUUAUUCUGUAUCAUCCUCUCAUUGAAAAAACUGUAAUAGUGAAAGUAGAUCAUCUACAUAAGUAAAAUUUUAUGCAGUAUAGUCUUAAAACAAAUCCCCACGCUUCAUCCACAUCUAAUAUAUGCUGGGAAGGUUUACAUUUAAAGCUCAUGUUAGACUUGACUACAUAGGUUACAUAGAAACAUAGAGCUGGAAGGGACUCCAAGGGUCAUCUAAACCAACCCUCUGCACAAUAUAGGAAAUUCACCAGCUACCCCCUACUCCAGUGACCACUGCUCUAUGCCCAGAGGAAGGCAAAAAACUUGUAGGAUCCCUCACCUAUCUGGCCUGGAGGAAAAUUCCUUCCUGACCCCAAAGUGGCGAUUUUCAUUAACCUGGGCAUGUAAGAAAGGGUGACAAGAGUCUAGCAGGAGCUCAAUCCAUCCUGCCCUCUAUCUCACAAUCUGCCUAAAUUUGUAGUAAGUCACAGAAGGAGCAUUGCUGACAAAUGGCUAUUUAGCCUCUGCUUAAAAACCUCCAAAGAAGGAGAGGUUUCAUUGAGAGGAGACCUCUCAAGGAAGUCUGUUCCACUUAGGAACUACUCUGACUGAAUGAGUAUACCGACAUUUUAGUGCAGAAAAGUGGCUUCACUCUUUUGGGAUGGAAUAGUUUGAACUCUUAAUCAUUUUAUAUACUCUAUCUAUUCUCUAAAAUGUAUUCUCUCUUUUAGCUGUAGAAUAUAAAUCAUCUAGCAUAAUUAGGCCUGCUAUUUUCCUACAGCCUAUUCAUUUUGGUAGCUAGUUUAUACUAAUAAUAGUAGGAGAACAUUCUUCAUUUGUACUAGUAUCUAAACUUAUUUGUCCAAAGCAGUACUGGAGAAUUCAGGAAGUAACUGUGCAGACUUUGUUUCUGUAUAAUACCUAUUUCAUUACAUUGUGAUAUGACUUUUAAUGGAAAAUUGCUGUGCUGUCUGCAUAACUAUAGGGUUUUACAGGAACAGUUUGUGAGCAACAAUAAGUUGUGAGCAGCCAAGAGAUAGAUGGUAACAGCUUUAAAAAGAUGUAUUCUAAGUAUUGGGGAGACAAAAUUUCACAUAAGCCAAUAAUCUUCUUUAUAAUACAGAAUUUGUUUGGGUUUACUUUUGUAGAUCCUCUCAUGAUAGGUUAGAUAUAUAUUUAGGAGCUGAUCCUCUUCUUCUUUAAAUCUGUGGGGGGAAAUCUUCCCUACCCUUGAAGAGGCUUGGCAUAGGCACUUAAUCUCUGAUAGUGAAUUUGAAUUAUUGAGGUAAACCAGCGACCUAAAAUUAAAGGAUUUUAAUUUUCUUUUCUUUUCACAUUACUUAGUAUAUCAUUCAUUCAUUCACAUUACUUAGUAUAUCAUUCAUUCAUAAGGUAAUGAAGAUGUUUUAUUUGGUGCUGUGGAUACUAAAGCCUAUAUAAGCUUUGACAUUAAACCUGCAAUAUUAAUCUUGGUUAUAACUGUUACAUUCCCAGGAUCUUUAAAAUGUGUGUUUUUUUAAAUGUUUAAAAUAUUUUUCUUUAGUUUUCUCCUUUUCAAUGGGUUGUGCUAUUUGGAAUAAUGUGUUUUAGGUGUAGAAAUUGCUCAUAGUAUUACCGGCUGGACAGUCCUGUGAAGGUAUCACGUGAUGUGUCAUGGGCUGUACCCCAGCACCCUCUGAAUAGCCUGCUUGCUCCUCAGAACCCUACCCCCAGGACCUCAGACAAAGAGGGUCACCACUUUCACCAUUACCUGUUCCUCAUCUGUAGCCUGGUACCAGAGCUGGCAUGUCAUUCCCAGCCUCCCCUCCUUAUGAAAGCUAGCCAGAAACUGGCAUCUGCUUCCUGGGUGUCACCUAGCUCCUUCCGCUCAGCUGCUAUCAAACAGCUGAUCAACAGGUGGAGGGUUCUUAAAGGUCCCAUGGUUGCUGAUCAGCAGCAAGUCAGGCAGCAGCUUAAAGGGGCCCUGCACUGAUGGUCAACUUCAAAUCAUGCAAUGCUUAUAGGGCCCACUCCCUGCAACAGCCUCUCAGAUGGGUAACAUUACGGCUUCUCUGUCUCUGGGAGCUGCAACCACAGUUGGGGACUGCACUGCCUCCUGACACAGUGGAAGUGAACCAGCAGUCAAACCUUACAGGAUCAUUGCAAAAUUGUUAAAAUAAAUAUACUGCUCAGAGAUCUGAAGGCCUUCAUUCUCAUGACGUGACGGUUUCAGCCAAGCAAAGGGGUACAGUUGUUACAUCAUCUUUUAUAAUAUCAAAAAUAUUACAGUAAACCGAACUUUUACUAGGGAAAGAAUUGCAUUCUCGUGCUUAUUCUGUGGGCACCUCUCCUUUCCCAGAAAAACAUGUAGACCUAGUUUGCUAAACUUCAGCAAUUUUUCAUUUAAAGGGUCAUUUUGCACAUUUUUAGAUGUGCAGUGUGAAUGUGACAGAUGAGUAUUUCCCACGUGUGUUCCUGGCAAUGCUCUUUUAAAUAAGUAUUUAUUAUAUCUGUGUCCUUUUCUUAGAUGGGGUCUUCCAUCCAGGGGACUGAUCACAUCCACAUUUGCUUAGCUUCAUCAGUAGGCACUCACAGACCCUUAUACAGUUGACUACAGUUUCCUGAUAAGUACAUACCUUGUGCCACAAACCCAUAUUUAUCUCUGCUUAAUGUGUAAAAUCUCCUUUUUAUACACUUGCAGUUAUAAUACUGAUAACUCAAAAAUGUAACUAAUUUUCAAUGGGAGGAGUGAUGGUAACCAGUUUCAUGGAGAAAACGUAGUUGGGAACAUACCUAUUCCCCUCCAGGGUUGAUCGUUCAAAAAACGAACCCUAGUUCUGCAGGUUUGCAGCAAAAGGAUGUGCGUGGCGUUGAUGGUUAGCAGCUGUGAUGUCUCCAAGAUUCCCCUACCCAAGUCUCUGAAGCAAAACAUAAGACAUUAUUUUUAAAAAUAAUGCAAUGAAUAAGUAUGAUACUUUUAUUUUAAGGGCAUACUGAACCCCUGAAGUGCACAGAAGGAGGAGCAAGAGUGACUGAUGAGCCAGCAUUAAAUUAUUUGCUCUGGAUGACUGCCAUUUUGGUUGCAAAGCGAAGAGAUGAGGCUCCCUCUGUGGCUGAGAGAGGAGCUCAAAGUCACACUUUUUGAUUAGUUACCAAAGCUAACACAUUUCUAGUUGCGUCUGUCAGAAAAUACUUGUGUGAAUUGGUUGUAUUCCUGGUAUUAUAGGUACAUCAGGCAUAUCCUCCCCUUGCAUUUUGCAGUGCUACUUUUCUUCUGCAAAUUAUAGGCAUUAAUAAUGUCACAGCUGAAUGGAGCAUUGCAAAGGAGAGGUAAAAUGAGAGGAAUGGGAAAACAGGGAGACACAACAUUGCCCUGACUUCCCAAUGAUUUGGAAGUCUUUCAUUGUGAAUACUUAUUCACAGAUCCCAAUUUUAUUGGCAGGGCUCAUUUAUAGUGCACAUUAUUUUUGAUAUGAAACCUUAUCAUCUUGGGUGUGUUUCUGAUGACCUCGUGAUGUAAAAUGGCUGCAAGAAGAAUGUAAGUCUCAGGAGGAGAGUUUAUUUUAUAUUUUUGAUCUCUUAAUAGUAUGAUACAAAAUUAACAAUGUGGGUAGAAGAUAUUAAUUUCAUCUAUUAUUAUGAAUAUAUGCUUUUACUGAAUUGUCUUGGAUAAUUAAUGUGCUUUGAAGCAUCAGCUGAGGCAGUGUUUAGUAGAGUCCAAGACCACAGAAAUACCUUGUUUUACAUUUAUGUGUCUAAAAUAUCGUGAUUAAAAUUAUUAUUGUAAUACUGUAUUUUGUAUAACAAAUAUGUAAAUACAAUUUAAUAUUAAUCUCAAGUUCACAUGGAGUAAUACGUGCUUCCAUUGUAACCUUGUUUUUAAUAUUGCAUGGCUUGAGAAAUUUUUCUUAGUAAACGACAGAAAUCAGAUAAUUAAGUACAUGUUGUCAAGUUCUGAUUUGUGAUGCUUUCUGUUUACAGAAUGUUUAUUAAACCACAAAAGCUGAGAAAAUUAAGAGUUGGCAUGGAAGGUAUUCCUGUGAUCACUAAAUUUAUUCGCACUACUACUCAACCAAUCUAAUUUGGAGAUAGCCAGUCUGCCAGUUAUUGGCAUCGCCACACGACUUCCAUGUGACAAGAAGUGCAUGGCUAGUACGGAGCCACCAAAUGCUGUGUAUUUUGUCUUAGAUAUGGUGCUUGUACAACUUUCAUCAAUCUACAGUGAAUCAUCACUGGGCAAUCAAAUGUUUUAUAGAAUUGACAAGAAUUAUGCUGGAUGAUCUAAGAAAUAAUUUUCCUCUUCCAAUCAGUCUAGCUGUUGCAUGCAAUAAGCAUUUCUUGAUAUAGUUCUGGUUUAGUAACACAGUCUGCUGCUGAUGCAACUUGUCAUCACCAGCAUGGCGUUGAAAUUAAAAGCAAAUCAGUUUUCCAUUGUUAAUAGAUGGAUAUGGAAGUGCUUCUUAAAAUAUAUGUUCCUAAAUAGCCACAUACAGCAGCUCACCGAUAUGAAAUAAAUUCAGUGGAGCUGUGCUCUUUUUAGACCUUUCCACUUAAGAGUCCUGUCAGGCUUUUUAUCUUUGGUCUAUUCAGUUUGAACGAAUGGGUCUGCCCUUUAAAUACUGAGUAGCAAAGUUGAGUUUUUUGUUCCAUUUGUUAAUACAGAAAAUUUAAUUGUGCACUACAAAAUAGUCAUCAUUUUUAUAAAAAUUAAACUUUUGUGUUUGCUGUAUGGUAUUAAGAUCUGCUGCAUUUCACCUCUUAGAUGUGUUGAAUCCAAGGUGGGCAAAGUUAUUCCUGUAUAUAAGUUUUGUAGAUCAGUUUGUAAAUGCUUUUGUGACUUGCAAUAAAAGCACUAUAAUAAGGUAAGAUCAUUAAUUAUGUAAUUAAGUUUGUAAAAAUGUCUGGGCAAAAUUGUCCCUUGCAUCACAUCUGUUUAUUUUUUCAAAUACACUAUUCCUGUUCUUUUUUUAAUGUACAGAUGUUUGGCAGAUGACCACUGAAAGGGCUUAAAUGGUGGUCCUGGUAAGGACAGGGAAUUUCCAUGCUCAAAGUCUACCUGGUAUUCACUUGUGUUUCCAUUUCUUAAACUUUUCAAAUGAUAAAAUAAUAGAUAUGAACACUCUGGUUAUAGAAGCUAGGUUGGAUUUUCUGGAUAUAUUAAAGCCUCUCUGCUCUUAAGCAUCUUUUUUUAAAUGCUCCCGUUUUAAAAAUGUAAAGUUUUGAUGGUAUUGAAUUCUGUUAGUAUUUUUCCUUUAAAAAAUAAAGUGUAUAUUCUACUAAAUAUA